UUUCAUUACGUGAUUCUUUAACCUUUUUUGUCGUGAAAAAGAAUAAUUUGGCGAGCAAUUUCGGCGGCAUACGAGGGCGUGCCGCCACGCACUACAGGCGUUAACGUAAUUGUCGUAAAUCAAUCGUGCGUGCUAAAUGAUUUUGGCAAAACAAAACAAAUAAUUCAAACCAAAUACGCAAAUAUAGUAACACCAACGGCACCAUCCCGCUUAAAAAAAAAACGCAUUCAGCUAAAUUUUAAGUUGUCACAAGCUACCGAAAUCAAAAGCUCUUGUACUAUAAAAUUCGCCACCACAUACAAUGGAGUUCAUUUCAAAUCUUAUAAAACGACCAAUAAGUUUGGUGCGCAGCGAUUCAAUGCCACCAACGUCAAACGAGCCAGAACAAGGUACGAGUAAUUCACGUCCUAUCACACCGAAACAAACUCCGUCACCAUCACACUCGCCAUUAUUGACCUUUGAACGAGCCACCACGCCGGAUCCACUACAACAACAUUUAGUCAAUUCGCUGAUGGUGGCAUCAAAUAUAAUGGACGCAAUAAAUGGACAAGAUGAAUUUCGCCCCAUUGCUGUGGCAACAACAACACGUGCCUCUUCACCAAUUAGUCAAUCGCCUACACAGGCACAGUCACGUUCUUUACAAACAAGCACCAGUAGCAAUGCCAGUGCUAGUGGCAACUUGAAUCCUCCGUCUAAUAGCGUUGGCAGCACAAUCGAAGAGUUGCUCAUAGAAAUCAAUGACAAUUUAAGCAAACAAGAUGAUCUACAUACCGCCGGUGCACUGAGUCAACAUCAUUUGCCGAAUCGACCAUUAUCAUUAUCACCAACUGCUUUGACGCAGGCUUUGGCGACUGAGUAUAACGCAGUUUGCUCGAAAAACGCAAAUCUCAAAGCCACGCCCUCAACGCAAUCCACAGAGUCAUUGUCUUCAUCGCCGUCGCUACUAAAAUCAACUGCUAUGGCACCUGUGGCUGAUAGCGUUUCUACGACAUCUAUUACAGCCACCGAAACUGAGCCGAAAGCAGAGCCUUUCGGUGGGCCUACUCCAGUAUCGCUUAAAACGGGUGCUAAUAUAGAUAUUAAAUGCGAGGCAGCCAGCGAUUUGAUUGAAACAAAAACACCAGAAAUGCUCACAGCGCUUAAUCUGAAUGCGGAAGAUCGCGCAAAACUAACUUUUGAAGACGGUCUUAUACCAACAUUAACAGCAGCCAUAAGUGAGCAUGUAAAACAUGAUGGAAAAGGUGACUCAAAAUCGGCUCAACAUCUGAAGAUACAACUUGAACCGGACACCGCUGCCUCAUCGGAUAAUGAAACCUUCACAGAAUGUCAGUCCUACCAAAUCGCGUCUGCUAACGAUUAUGGUUUUAUAGCGGAUGAAUAUAGUUUUGAGAACUCCGAACUCGAAUCAUACUUUAGUGCUGCUAACUCAAGAAAUGCUACACUCACGACAGGUGAAGCAGAUCCUUUAAGUGUCACUAUAAAUAAAACGUCAGAACAGGAUGAGAGUGAACAAGGUGACUUGCAAUCACUGGUCUCAGCUAUAAGUGGUGACGAUUUAUUAGCAACGCACCAACAUCCAUUAGAUGUAACCUUCGAUGAAGAACCAAUGGAUGUGGAUGAGAGUUUUACUCAGUUAAAACAAAAUGUAAGCGUUGAAGCAUGCCAGUUGCAUACAACUAAUGUCGGUGUUGAUAAUGAGUCAACUUCGAAAACAGCAGAGCCUGAAGGUGUUGUUACUAAUGACGAACAGACGGAGUGUAAGCAACUAAAUUGUACUAAAAACGAAGCUGUACCCAAAAAUGCUGCGAUGCCUAAGCUUGAGACCGAGUUAGAAAUUACACAAUCAAAACUGGAGUUGUCACUAAACAAAAGUAUUGAGAUACCCACAUCAACAACGCAAAAGAACAAUUAUGAGCACAAUAACCUAGAUAUCAGUAGUACUGAAACUUUUUCGGAAGUAGCAGCCGAUCUUACUCAAGCAACAAUUGCUACGACAUCAUCAACUUCGAUUCACUCCGCAAAUACCAGUUUACAUCCCAUCGAAGAAGAGUUAUUGAAAUAUAAAAUUCCAGGUAAACAAGAAUUCGGUAAGUCCUGGACUGGUUCACAAAAUGCACUGAAUCUGACAGUGGAUAUGGACUCAUCAACGCAUAGCAAUAAAAGUUCCGCUUCCUCACCAAGUUUCCCUAUAAAACAUAAGGGAAACUCACUCAAACAAUUUCCACGCUCGCCCACUGCAGCCGUGCCAAAAAGUAUGACAUUCUUAGAAAAAUCGGAAUACACUGAGCGUAUUGAAACAGAACGUAAAAAAUCUACAGCCAGUGAGCCGAAGCUGGAGUUAUUCGGUUCACGAAAAACAUCGACAGUCGACGAAAAACCAACACAGCAUGCAAUAUCGGAAAACCUUGCUGCAAGCAUUACCAGCACUACGGUAUGUCCAAAUGAGUCUAUUAAUGAUGAAAUUGCGUCAACAAAAGUGAAUGGCAAAACAGCAACGGACGCAGUUACACCUUUAACAAGUGCUUCUUCCAUAGACAGUUCAGAUAAACGUCGUACAUAUAAUGUAACGGCUCCGGUGGCAUCUUCCUCUGAAAUAGAGAGCGUGACUCAAAAAUGUGUGAAUGAUCACGAUAAUCGACGCACCUUUAAUAUGCCUGCCGCACCACAAGCGCCAAGUAUCGAUGGACAAAAAUCUGAAAGAGACGACGACAAACGACGUACCUUUAAUAUGCCUGUACCAACACAAGAAACAGACAUUACUAUACAAAAACCAGAGAAUGAGGGCAAUAAUCGACGAACUUUUAAUCUUAUGGGCUCAGAAGAUGUAAUAGAGGAGAAAUUUUCAAGCGAAAAUAAUUCUGAUACAGCCGAGAGGCCUCGUACUUACAUUGUUACUGAACCAACAUUUUCGAUGAGACCAAAUAGUGAAGGAAUAAAUGUGCCUAUGGACAUAGACGACACAUUACCUACAGAAGCUGGUCAAAGCAACACAACACAAUCCCGAACACCGAUGCAGUCCCCCACAACAACUGUUUCUAGUUCGCCACCAAUACCGACCUUACAAAAUCGUAUUGGAAACACCAUUCCAACAAACACCUCACCGCCAAUACCGACACUACAAAAUCGGGCACGAAAUGACCAAACCCAACUUAUUAUGGAUGAUGAUGCCUUUAAAGUGCCACUACCGCCAUCACCAGCAUCAUCGACGGCAUCACCACCAAUAGCUACCAUCCAUAAACGACCGUCUAUCCAUGCGUACAAAAAUGCGGAAGAUGUCGUUGAAGCGUUAUCCGCCAAAGAGCAAACCAAACGCGAUGCCAGUGAUGAGAAGGAUGUGUUCGCUGGCAAUUGUACACCCUCACCCAUGGAAGAGCAGCCAUCUUCAACAAGCAAUUUUGGUAAUUUCGACUCUAAUUUUAACGUUGAUAUGGAUCAGCAAGAAUUUGCAAGUGAGCAAUUUGAGAAUGGAAAUAAUUUAAUUUUGAAUCCAUCCGACUUUGAUUAUCUACUCACAAAAGGCAAUAAUAGCGCUCCAAUUGAUCGCAGUUCAAUAUUACUGAAAUUCGAUCCGUUGCUCGGCGUGCCAGUACCUGCAAAUCAAGUGCAACAACAAAAAACAACAAAGCAAACACCACAAAUAUUACAAAACAUUUUAGGCGAUAAUGCAACUAACUUAAGUCCUACACUCGAAGAGGACGAGCACUCAUCAUCAGCGUCCACAUCAUCAAUUAGCAAUAAUCAAUCGUUUGUCGUUGAGACAGAUAAUAAAAGGAAAUCUGACGAAGAGGAGAGUGCCAAGUCAAAACAAAACUUGAUUAAGAUUUCGGCAGAGAAGCAGCAACGCCAGCAACAACAACAUCAACAACCAACUGUUUUAAAGAAGCAUGACAGUAUGAGUGUCGACGUGAUUAAGGAUAUGAAUAUCGACAACGAUUGUAACAAAUCCUUUGAGAAUUCAAACUCACAACCCGAUGAAAAACAAAUUAACUACAAAAUGGAUGAACUCGAGAAGAAAAUUAAAAACGAAGUACUCAAAACAGAAGAUAUCGAAAAGAAAUUGAAAGAAGCUGAACAGCGUGAGGAGGCAUUAAUCAAACGGAUAACGGAAAAAGACAAAACCAUAACAAAAAUGACCGGUGUCAUUGAAGCGUACGAAAAAGCAAUUGCUGAGCUAAUCGCUGAAAAAGAGCAAUUAUUGCAAAGCUACGAGAAACAGUUGGCGGAGGUCAAGGCGGAUCGCGACUCGAAUUAUCAACAUCUCACGUCACUCGAAACGACAUUUGCUGAUCUGCAUGUCAAAUAUGGCAAAAGUAAGGAAAUGACGCUGCAGCUGAAGGCAGACGAAGAGGCUUUAGUGGUAGAGAAGAGGCAAAUACUGGAAAAUUUACGACUUCAAGAGCAGCGAUAUGAAAAAAUGAAGAAUCAUGCGAUGCAACAGUUGGAAAUCGCCAAUAAAAAGCUCGAAUCGCUUAAUAAAGAGCACAGUAUCGAGACGACAAAACUGAAAGCACUACUCAAAAAGGAGGAAAUCUCGCGUGCCUCUAUCAAUGAGCAAUUACAGCAAAAGUCCAGAGAAAAUGCGGAGCUGGUUAAGAUAUGUGAUGAACUAAUUAAUGGCCAGGGAAGUUAAGUGAUUUCAGCGCUCAACGUCGGCAAUGCAGCGACCUAUGUAUAUCAAAUGUUUGACCGAUUUGCAUAUACUCUCAAUUGAUGUAUGUGUGUUUUGUACUUGUUAUGUAUGAGCUAAGCCUAAAUAGCGUAGCAUUACAUUGCAUUACAAUUACUCGUUAUUAAUAAUUAUUUAGUUGCCUGAUUAGCAAGCAAUGGCGGCAUAGUACAGUGUUCGUAUGCGCACGUACAUACGUGCGAGUGUGACGCUCAAAGGCCAGAUGCGCUUAAGAAAUGCAUUCAUUCAGUUCGCAGUCAUUCACAAACAGUUGUGUGUUUAAUUUAAGAAUUUUGUAUAAUUUCAUUUUCUUUUUUAAUUUUCCAUUGACAUUCACAAUGAUUUGUAUUGCACUUCUUUGCCGCAUAUAAGUAAUAAUUGUUAAGUAAUUUUUUUAUGUGAAAAUAUGUAGGCAAAUGAGUUAACAAAUCCGCAAGUUACUUCGUGGAAAUCAAUAAACACACAUAAACAAACAUUUAAA